AUGUCAAAUAUAUUCUCAUCAUUCAUUGGAGCUGGUAUACCGGAUACAAAUCCAAACACUGGUACAAUAACAAAUGGAUCAUUGUUUCAUGGCAACUUCUCAACUUAUGGUGAUAUGUGGCUUGCUAUUACAUUUUGGUGUACGGUUGGUCAUGCUCUGACAUACUUAUGUACGGGAUUCAUAGCAUCUAUUGUUCUACGCAAGUCAAAGGUUGCUCCCUUCAUCCCUGUCUUCUCCACUGCACUAGGAAUCCUCAUAGGCAUUGGCUUUGGAGGUAUAUCAGCAACAAUCAUCGCAGCAAUAUAUAGAUCAUCGAUAUUUCUUUUGUCAUGGUAUCAAGGUAUCGCUUGGGGCAUUGGCUUGACAGUACUUCACAUCAUACUGGCGUUCACUCUCAAGGUGUUCCAAGUUUAA